AUGGCGGCUCGCAACAGCCACCCAUCCAGCAGCAGCACGACGGAGGCUCGCAGAAGCCCCUUUGAUGACGGGCCUCUCCCGCCCAUCAAAUCAACCGCGUGCCGCCGAUGCCAUUCGCGAAAAGUAAAGUGCUCCGGCGACCAGCCCUGUCAGAAUUGUCGGCAUGCCGGGAAGGGUGCCGAGUGCACUUAUCCGCGCCGCAAUAGACAGGUCAAGGUCAGACAAAGCUACAUUGACGGUCUUCUGGAUGAGAUUCGCCGUCUCAAGAACCAGGUUGCCUCUCAGAGCGCUUCGACCUCCACAUGUGCGCCGCUAGAUGACGUGAUAUCAACGACGACGUCGACAGCAACACCAUCUCAAAACACCAGUUACACUGGCCACAGGGAGGUCUUGUCAACGCCAACGUCUGCAAACCUAGGCGACAACGAAGAUCUCUCGACAGUGGCAGCGGCGGCGGAAGAUGCAGUAGCAGCAGCCGGAACCGCAGCUCCAACAACGGCAACCCUCGAAGUUCGACCGUGGUUCAUCAACGCCAACGUCUUCCGCACCCCGAUCCUCAUCGGCGAGGUCGCUGACGCCGCCUUCUCCACCCGCUUCCGCCAGGUCAUCUCGGACCCCUACGCGCCGCAACCUCGCCACAUGCUGCGCGUGAACUACGCUCCCGACGCCGAGCUCAUGGCUCUCGUCAAGUCCUCCGACGUCGCCUGGCCCACGCCCUCGCGCUCCCGCUUCCUCGUCGAGGUCGCCCUCAAGUACGUCGCCCGGCGGUACCACGUCGUCCGCCGCAGCGCCGUCAUGCGCGACCUCGAGCAGAGCAUUCAUAACCCCUCCUGGGGCGACCUCAUGCUCCGCUCCAAGCUGUGGGCACUCUUCGCCAUCGGCGAGCUCUACUCCACAAGGUCCAUCCCCUCGGAGAAGGACUUCCCCGGGAUGCCCUACUUUGCCAAGGCCUCGCGCGUACUGGGUGUGCUCGACGAGCGGCCGGGCACGGAUUCGAUCGAGAUCAUGCUGCUUCUUUCCUUCUACUCGUUGGCCCUCAACCGCCGCUAUAGCGCCUUCGUCAUGUCCGGCACCGCGAUGCGCAUGGCCAUCGUUAUGGGCCUGCACCUCAACAUCCCCGAGUCCCAGUUACGCGACCCUGAUGUACGCGAGCACCGCAAGCGCCUCUUUUGGACGACGUACAUCUUUGACCGUAUCUGGGCCUCCAAGCUCGGCCACCCGACCGCCAUCCAAGACAGCGACGUCGGCGUCGAUCUGCCCUCUGAGGGGGAGAAUGACGGGGUGGCAGUGGUGCGGACUCACGCGACCGACUUUGAGGAUACCGCAUACCACGUGGCGAGCCUGCGGCUGGCAGCCCUCAUCACCAAGACGGUCCGCUCCAUCUACGGCCAGCGCAGCCAGGGCGAGGCGACGACACUGUCGACGAAGGUCCAGCAGGCGCUCAAGGAUCUGCGGGCCUGGGUGGAGGAUUUGCCUACCCAUUUGCAGCUCGAUAAUGCGGGAACUGGGCCGAAGCCUAUUUCGCUGCACUUGUCUUUUAACCAGGUAUUGGAAUCUCGCACAGACGCUCACCUGAAGAGGCAAUCCUUUACUAACGCAUGCUCCUUCAAGUGCGCAAUCCUAGCAACACGCCCAAUUCUCCUCCACAUCCUACGAACAAAAGUCGCCUCAUGGCCAUCCGCAACCACGACCACAGAGACUCAGCAAGUCCCGGCGAGCGCAAUCACGCUAUCGGAAGCCUGUAUCCGCUGCGCGCGCCACUCGAUUCGCUUGCUGACUGAAUCGUGGAUCGACGGGUCUUUUGCGACGUUUGACUAUUUUUACACGCAGUACCUUUUCUCUGCGCUGACGAUCCUCGCCGCGUCGAGUCUUCUCCAGGACAGUACGUCAGGGGCGGGGACAACGCCCAAUGACGACAAGGAGGCCUUUGAGGAAUCGGUCAGGUUCCUCUCGCAGCUGCGCGACGCGGGGAAUUUCGCUGCAAUGGAGUACUGUCACCACGUCGACGUGAUGAGGGCUGAGCUUGAUAGGUUUUAUGCGAAGCGUAUGGGGAGGGUGGACGCUGAGCAGCAGCAGACGCAGACGCAGGUUUCCUCUACAUCUUCCUAUGGCGAGGUACUGCCGCCGUCGCACGGACCCGGACCUGAACCUGAAUCCGGCCCGCUCAUGUCGUCGCAAUUCGGUCCCAGUGGUGCAAGUGGACUUCCAGUGCGGCCGGGGACGGGGCCCACGACGGCGGGAAUGGCGCUGACGGAGCCGUCGUUGGAGGAGCUCCUUGCGCAACCGGUGUUGGAUCUGCAGUUUUUGGAGGCGUCGUUCUAUGAUGACUUGCAGGCGUUGUAUUGGCCUGAUUUUAGCGCGGAGAAUUGGGAUACGUGGGCUUCUACCUGA